AUGAUGGCUUUCAACGCGCAAAUAUCGGAUCCAAAGAUUGGUGGAACAUAUAUGACAUUAUUAAAUACCUUAAAUAAUUUGGGUGGAAAUUGGCCAGUAACUUUGUUUUUGAGCAUCACAGAUUUUUUUAAUCGAAAAAAUUGUGUUGCUACAGGGACAAAAUUAAUUCUUGGUGCCUGUAAUACCAAAAAAGAUGAAGAAAUGUGUGUUAAAGGUGGUGAUGUUUGUGAAUUUCACAUUGAUGGUUAUUACAUUUCUGUUGGAAUAUGUACUAUAAUUGGUUUAUUGUGGUAUAGAAUAUUUUAUAGACGUAUUAAAUAUUUCCAAAAAAUUCCGAGACAAGAAUGGAGAGUUAUUAAAAAUAAAUAGGUAAAAACGGGAAAAAUGACGUUGUGAUUUUUUAAAAAUAUUAUUAUAGCUUUGAAUUUUUGUAAAAUUUUAAAAGUUAGAGAUCGAGAUAGGUGUCAAGGGUAUCUUAGAGGUUUGGGGUUCUUGGAGGCUUCCCUUUUUAAAAAAAGUUGAGGAGAUUUAAGAAAAUUGAGGAUUUUCUUGGGGAGUUUUUUCCUUUUGCCUUGAGCUCUGGUUAGUAAGCAAAGGUUGUUAAAAGGUGUUAAGGCUUUCUUGGAGGUUUUUUCUCCUGUAC